GUGGUCCUGCCGCUUUAAAUUCGAAGUCUCGCGCAGGCGCCAGCUCUCGCGAUCUCCGCGGUCUCUUACAUAUUACCCACAAUCCCUUUUCCUUUCUCUCUCUUCACCAGCCGAGCAAGAUGCCCAAGGGAAAGAAGGCCAAGGGGAAGAAGGUGGCCCCGGCCCCCGCCGUCGUCAAGAAACAGGAGGCCAAGAAGGUGGUGAACCCUCUGUUUGAGAAGCGGCCCAAGAACUUCGGCAUCGGGCAGGACAUCCAGCCCAAGAGGGACCUCACACGCUUCGUCAAGUGGCCCCGUUACAUCCGGCUGCAGCGGCAAAGGGCCAUCCUCUACAAGCGGCUCAAAGUGCCCCCCGCCAUUAACCAGUUCACCCAGGCCCUGGACCGGCAAACAGCUACCCAGCUGCUUAAGCUCGCCCACAAGUACAGGCCAGAGACAAAGCAGGAGAAGAAGCAGAGGCUGCUGGCUCGUGCUGAGAAGAAGGCUGCUGGCAAAGGGGACGUCCCCACUAAGAGGCCACCUGUCCUGCGAGCGGGAGUCAACACAGUCACCACUUUGGUGGAGAACAAGAAGGCUCAGCUGGUGGUGAUCGCCCACGAUGUAGACCCCAUUGAGCUGGUGGUCUUCCUGCCGGCCCUGUGUCGGAAGAUGGGCGUCCCCUACUGCAUCAUCAAGGGGAAGGCCAGGCUGGGACGGCUGGUCCACAGGAAGACAUGUACCACCGUUGCCUUCACACAGGUUAACUCGGAAGACAAAGGUGCUCUGGCUAAGCUGGUGGAAGCUAUUAGGACCAAUUACAACGACAGAUACGAUGAGAUCCGCCGCCACUGGGGAGGCAAUGUCCUGGGUCCUAAAUCUGUGGCUCGAAUUGCCAAGCUGGAAAAGGCAAAGGCCAAAGAACUCGCCACUAAACUGGGUUAAAUGUACACUCACUAAGUUUUCUGUACAUAAAUACAAACUUAUCUUCCA